AUGGGAAGUAUAGUCAGCAGGCUGGUGGCCUGGUAUAACAAGCAUAUCAGGCGUGUGAGGGAACCACCAAUCACGCUAAUAGACCCUGUGUUUCACAACCAUAAAAUCAAAACAUAUGGCAUUGACCUAAGAAAUUCAGAUCUGCCCCUGGAGGAGAGAGCCACAGCUGCAUUAUAUAUCGGACUUCUAACUUACACAGGUGGUGUCAGUGCUGCAGUGCUUGCAUCAGAAUAUAUUCAGGACAUGAUUGAUAUUUUGCUUAUGCCAGAUACUUCUGAGAAAGUAAGGAUCGCUGUAUUAAAAGGCUUAUGUGGUAUAUGCUACUUAAACGUCUUAAAUCAAAAUGAAGCCAAAGAAAGUCAUCUUACUGAAAUUCUGCUUGCUUAUCUGGAUGAAGAAGCUGACCCAGAAGCUGACCCAGAUUUAAUCAUUAUGAAGUUCUGGGUUUGUCACCUUAUGACUGUUGUCUGCUGCAACAACAUCCCUUACAUCAAGUUAUUUAAUGAAGUGGGUGGCCAAAUGCUACAGAAAAGGCUGGAGACCACGUCUGUCAUGGAAUGGUUUGGUUGGCCAGAAAACUAUGCCCAAGUAAUGUUAAUGCUUCUGGGAUAUCAAGAGAAAGGAAAAUAA